GUCAUUGGAGUGUGCGUUUUUUCUUUGGAGGUGUGUGUGUGAGUGUCUGUGCGUGUGUGUGAUGCGUUCAGGGUCCGUGUGAAGCCCUGCCUUCAGAGGAGACUCAGCCAUCUGCCGGAUUACAGCCGCAGCAGCAGCAGAUCCUCCUCUGUCGUGUCUGCCGUCUGAAAACUCUCACAUGGGGCCCAGGAGGAGGAAAAAUCGCUUCCCGAAAUGAUCCUCGUCACUCGCCGUGUUGUCUUUUUUUAUUUUUUUAAUCUCACCUAAUCACAGAAACACCAAAUUCGCGUCUCAAUACCCCCCACUCGGAGCUCUGCGUCCUCGCGUCCUCGCGGAUGAUGAUCAGUAAAGUUAAAAACGCCAUGUCCACUCUGGUGGGAGGGAUGGUGCCGCACGGACACCACCACCACAACCAUCACUCAGGUGGAGGUCAGACCUGCGGACCGGACAGCCUGCCGCCCCGCUUCCCCUACGGCCGCCCGGAUUUCUUGGACCUCACCCCGGAGCUGCUGCAGUACUCCACGGAGCACGCGUCACGGCCGGUGCUCACCUUAAAGAGAGACAACAGGCUGCCGUGGAGGACGGGAUACGCAGAGUAAGUGGAGAGCAUUCACUGACCAAACAUACAGACAUCAUCGGAGGUUUUUCUGACAGUCGUAGCAGGCCUGUUUCUGCAGCAGCAGCAGCACUGCAGCAGCAGCAGCAGAAUGAUGGCCAACACGGCCCUUUGCUUUUGUGCAUUUUCACACACUGUUCCUCCCCUGAGCUGGUGCAUGAGAUCUGGAGCUGUGUGUGUGUCUAUCUGUCUGCUGCUGUGACUACACAUCAGGCUCCCUAUCAUGACUCUCACAUUUGUGUAUUCAAGGAUCUUAAAGCUUGAAAGGUUUUUAUUUUCAUGUCUGCAAUGAGCUUCGAUUUUGCAUAAAAACAAAAGUGAAAGCAGGAAAUGACACCCUUGUCUCAAACCUCUGUGGUUUAAUGCUGUUCUUGAAAUGUGGAAAAACUCCAACUGCACCUCAGGUUCUUCUGUCACUCAAAGAGUCUGUUUCCCAGCCUGAUGAGUCAAAUGCAUUUACAAAACAUACUUAAAACAGCGAUAACUGACCAAAAAGCUGCACAAGACAUCAGAGAAACACUGAAACAUGAGCAGAGUGAACGCAAACAGGGCGCAUGUUUGUUUUUGAAGGUUUCUAAAUGGAUUUUCAGUCACCAUUCAUGUUUUUGACAAGACUAAGCAGUCACAAGAAGUGUCUGUUGACAAAAAUCUCAUCCUGGUGACUUUGACAGUCAGAGACAGAGCUGUUUCUCCAGCUGCUCCACUGACACCUCCUUUUUAGCUUUAAAAGUGACUAUAAAGAGAUGGUUACUCUGAUCCCUGAUGGUUUUGUUUGAUUUGAAAUGUCAUGAAAAGACACAGAUAUGAAUUUCAGACAUCAGAGAAACACGUAAACAUGACCAGAGCGAACGCAAACAGGGCGCAUGUUUGUUUUUUAGGGUUUCUAAAUGGAUUUUCAGUCACCAUUCAUGUUUGUGGUGCAGAUCUCUCGAUGGCCUUGGUUUUACUGCAGGGUUGGUUUUUACUCCACUGUGAUACACCUGCAGUCAUCCCACAGGUAGAAACACAGCGGCACCAUUUCAUUCACUUCUGACCACAUUUCUGCUGCUCUGGCGAUUUCCCACUGAGGAAAAACACUCUCAGACAUUCCACUCUCCCAGCAUGCAGAGGGGGUUAUGAGGGACUGAAUGACUCCAGUCUGAUACUGUAUGUGGGCUAUACCACCUCUGCAUGUACCCGGCGUGGUAACAGGAGAAAUAAUGCUGACUCAUGCAGAGAGCCCGCAGGGGGACGGGGAUGAAAUCUGUGACGACAGCCGUCUCAGAAGACUGAGUGAAAGGGGUCACUCGAGGACACGGUGAUGAAGAAGGAAAACGGAGGGAGGGCAGUCGGAGUGUGGGAAUGUGCCGCGUCGUCACUGCUGUCACAUUACUUUGAUGUAUAAGUGGCUGAAAAUGUAAUCACAACAUUAGCAGAGCUGUUUACUACACAACCUUAUCGGCUGAUCUGAUCCUGCAUCAUCCUGUCUGUGCCGAGCGCAAACACCCAAACACUCCAAAGUCAUCAGAGUUGAAUUAUCACACGCUGAAUGACAGAAAUAGCUCAAAUCAAUCCGGAGUAAAUCUGCAGGAACAGCCGCUUUGAAAGUCUUGAUGGUCCUCUGAAACUCUGAGAGUGAGGACAAACAAACAUGGUGAGCGAACUGAUGCCUCCACAUAACCUCCGAAAGCAAACAGAGACUGUCAGCCUGGACGUUUUCUAUGAAGGCAGUUUGAGUUCUGUGAACAAGCGAGGAGACACUUCAACAGCUUUUACAUUUGGUCCUGAUAAUCAUUCCUAUAAAGUAGGGCUGCACCGAUCACAAUUUUCUGGCCGAUCACCGAUCUUUACAAAGUUCGACCAGCCUAUACUAAUCCUGGUCGAUACUGAUUUUCUUUUUAUAACUGACAACAUCCACCUUCGAUGCUUCAAUCUUAAUUUUACCUGCACGUGAGGUAGUUCUCUCAAAUAUAAAUGAAAAGUUUAGAAUAUGACUUUCCAAACUACUAAAUUAUAUCAGUUCCUUUAGUCUUUUAUUUUCCACAUUUUAAAUUUAACAAUACUUGCUCACAUACAGGUCUCACUGCAGGCCUGUUCUGAGCCUGUUACCAAAAUAAAACACACAUCAGUAAUUUGCUUUAACAAAUGAAGGAAAUCAGAAGGUUUGAGGAAGUUAGUAAAAUAAUGAUCUACAGGACAAACUAACAAUAAAACUUAAAACUUAAACCACCAAUAAACUGUCCUGAGUUUUAGGUUUCCUUGUAGCGGGUUCAUCACACUCCGGAUGACCUGGUGGGCGGGCCUGUCAUUCUGGCAAAGCAAAAAGCUCCAAUGGCUGACUUUCAGACCUUUGCUGAGGCGGAUAAGAUCGGUUUUACAUGUGAGGAUCAACCGAUCACCGAUCCCCCCAAAAUUGAGGAAAUCGGUGCCGAUCGAUCGGCUGGCCGAUCUAUAGUAUAGUAGCUUUAACCUUGUUUUUCAGCUGUCUUUGUUUAUGUUUUGCAUUUAACCUAAUUCAUAGUAAAGUCGUGGUAAACCCAGUGCAGUUAUCUAAAAUCCACUCUGAGACAUCGUUAUUCAACACCAGCUCUAUUUUCACUCCUGAAGUUUCUGGUCGACUGUAAAAAAUGGCGACGCACAGAAAAGAAAAUCCUGAAUCACUAACUUCUGUCUGCUCCAGAAGUACUGAAGAGUUCGCUGCUCCUCUCCUCAGAUUUAAUCCUCAUUACUGAUGGGCUCUGAGAGUGGUGGACAGUCAUCUGUGUAAACAAAGCCCAUGUUAGGAGAGCACUUAUGAUCGGACAGACCUGAUGAAUGGAAAUCUGACCUCCCAAAAAGCUACAUUUCCAGUGUCGUGUGGUUUCCAGGCUAAUAUCUUCUCUAAUCCUGCUCUCAGGGAGGUAAACAAUCAGCCCAGAAAACAAACUUCCUUGGAGAGAAGAUUAAGGAGUCUGUCAACUCUCUGAAAGGUUUUAUUACAUCCACAUUGUUGCUGUAAUCAAACCAUGAAGGUUGUUCGGUGGAGCGGCUCCGUUUGGAAAUGAUUGAAGAAGUUGUUUAUUCACUCGCUCACAAAACUCAUGUGUCUCCAAUCAGAGCGUCCAGAGCGAUCAAAAGGUGUUAGACAAACUGUGAUUUGUGUGGACUGAUAGUUUGACUCUGCAGUUUCAUUUUAAAUCAGUUUGGCUGAGUUUAUAAUCCUCAUUUUUAUACACUGGAGCAUCUAUCAGCCGUCCAUCCCUCUGCUCUGGUUGUGUUUACUCCUCUUGUGCAAUAAUGAGCAGAAACAAUGAUGGCCGAACAGUGUGAAACCGCUCCUUUCCAGUCGGAGGCCUCCCUGCUGGCACCCAGACAAAAACUCCUUUCUGAAAUGACUUCAUUAGUGUUUGUCCGCCAUCACGGCUUUAAUGAGGACGGUCAGUGUUGACGGGUCGGUCUAGUAUCAUGCUGAUCAGCCUUUUUUCGCCAUGUUUUCACCAAAACCCGAUGUACCUUUUCUCGUAUAUUAGAGAGACUGAAGCUGUGGUCUUCGUCUCAAAAGUGAGACAACAAGGGUUUCCUCUCGAAGGACUAUCGUGGAUCCAAAAGAUGGAGGAUGCUCCAGAUAAUGAGUUUAAUUCAGAGCGAUGCUGCUGAACAACACUGUGUCAGCAUAAACAUGUGUUAGCGCUCACAGGAAGCCUCUCAGAGUGCUCUUAUCAAAUAAUUAUUUAAUACGGUUUUAAUAUGGAGAUACAGCUUUCAGGCUCUGCACUAAUAUCAUGAGAGUGAAACAGGAAACCGACAAUUAUUCUGAUCUUUAUUAGACACAGAAACAACAAUCGGAGCAAGAAACUCAAGUGAACCUGUUUUAUAAAUGACAACAUCUACAGUGUAGGGCUGCACGAUUUUGGCCAAAAAUGAAAUCCAGAUUUUUUUCCUCUUAAAACUCCAUUUUUGAUUUUGAUUUUUUUUUUUUAGUUUUUCUAUCAUCUCUCAAAACGAAACCACUGAAAACGAUGUAGUUCAUAUGCCAAGCCAGUAAGUGGCGCUGUAACGCUCUACAGUAAAUGCAAAAAAAGUCAGAAGAAGAUUACAGAGCAUGUGUAUAAAGGUUGUUUUGGUCGGACACGCACAGGUGCCAUAAAACGAUUACGCUGUGAUUCACAUGAUCGUUUCCAGAGAUGCAGAUAGACUUCCACACGGAGAUGAAAUGGUCGUCGUUUACAGAUUUAUUCACUCUCUGACACGUUUUUAAAAAGUACCGUUUACAGUCACCUGAAACGCUGUUACGACAAAAAACUUUAGCGUUUCCUCCUGAAUUAGUUUCCGUGGUGACGGGUUGAUACCGCCUUCAGACAGACUUUACAGCAGGGAGUGGUUUGCGCUUCAUCUGAAACUGUGAAGUCGUACCAAUUCAACACGACUGACUCGCUCUUGUCCUAUUUAACCACGAAAUUAUCACCUUCUUUUGCGAGCGCCAUGUUUGUUUACACUGCUGUGUGUGGCCUGGGUAGAUGUGAUAAAGAGGAAAAUCGAUUCGAAGAUUUAAUUUUUUUUAACAUCGUCAUAAUCAAAUAAUCCAAUUAUGAUUUAAAAUGGAUUGAUCGUGCAGCCCUAGAGAGAACUAUUCAAAGCUCUCUGAGAUCCUUAAUGAGAACACUCAGGGAGUGAUGAGCUUUAUUAAAGACACAGAAACGCUUUUGUACUUUCAAAGUGCCCAUAAUCAAUAAUGUGUGGUAACAACAGAUCAAAUGACAAUGUGGAAAAUUGUGUAAUAUGAGCAGUGUAGCCAGUAUUGAUCCAGGGAAUUACCUAAACACAAUCUGAGGCUCUCAUUUCCUUUAAAGCUUCAUAUCGAGUGAAGCCCAUUAUUGAGAGCGGUGGAUUUUCACUGUUUUCAGAAACUGCAGUCGGUCGUGUUCAGCUGAAAAGCUCAAAAUAGCAGACUCACUGAGGUGCACACACACACUGGAGUGUUAGGGCCGGCUUACAGGAGAAAAUAAUCUGAUUUAAGUUAUAAAAUUAUGAGAAUGAAGAUGAAAUUUGUAACCCUAUGUGGAAGAAAAAACACAUUUAUCAGCAGGUUAUAUAAGCCGGUGUUUUAUUUUGAAAGGGAAGAUCAGAAGAUCAGCUGCCUGCACUGAAAUGAGCACCCUGGAGCUUUGAGAAGGCAGACUAAAGUUAGGUUUCAUAGAUGCUUCAAGAGUCUGUGUUGGAGGAUGCUGAACUCUUUGUGCAAGAAACUGAAGUCUGUUAUGAGGAAGGACAGGCUGAAAUGUAACCUGAUGCACUUCUGCAACUGCUGUUAGUCUUCAGCCGCAGAGUCUAAUUUCACAAGACGAUCAAAGUUCCUCAUUCCUUCUUAUGAGGAAACUGGCAGAUUUAAUCUCACCCCUUAUGGUAUUUAAGUUGUACAAGUACAGUAAGUACUUCUCUUUAUAAAGUCAUAAACAGUCUGGUGUCAUUUUCAUGUACUUUGGUCCAAACGUUUGCAGCAGUGACCCAGAGGAACUCGCCAUAUAUCCUCUCUGAAAUGACGGUGACUUUCAUUCAUUUAGACGAGCCCUGCAGUGUCGUUUCCAGCCGUUCAUAGUCUUUAUGUGUCUGAUAAGCUGCUUUCUGCACCAGCGUCUCUUUGGAAAACAUCCUCGAGUGAUAAAGCAGGACGUCCUUGUGGUCGUUGCCCUUGCGGUGACUUCCACGGCGGCAGUUUAAUGGCCAGUAGCUCGUGGUAUUUCUGACAAUGACCUGCAGUAUGUUUUAAUUACAACAGCUGCAGUGUGUUAGUCAGCCUUCUGCAGUAGCUGAUAUAUCGGUGAUUCUUGCACUGUAACUCCUGCAAACAUAUGGGGAAACUUCCUCUUUCUUCAAAGCUCACUUACACAAUACAGAAGUACAUAAUAGAGAAAGAGCUGACAGCAAACCUGCAGGGUUUGUGUGGUUGCUUAUCUUAAAGGGAUAUUCUGGCGUAAACUUAAUUAGGGUCAAACACGCCACACCAAGUUAGACACCCUGUCGAGAGAUAAAUGUUGCCGACCGCUCACUUCUCUAGUGAGACCAACUUUAGUAACGACCGCAGGAUAGUAAUACACAGCGGUCUAUGUCUCCAUAAACAAACCUCAACCAAAACGCCACUCUAUAGCCACAAAUAAUGCUCAGAACAGCACCUAACUUCAUCAACAGGACAUAUAGGGUCACAGACAUAGUACUAGACACCAAACAUCUUUUUAACUUUGACUCAUUUCUUUAGCAAAGAGAAUAAACACAACUCACCUACUCUCUUCCAGCAGACGCUUGUUUGUGGGGGGAGCCCUGACGAGUCGAUCACCGAGCUAAAAAGAUAUUUGAUGGCUAGUAUUAACCCCCAAUUUCAACCACAUCCGGAACGAGCGGGACGAACAAGUGAAAGGUUUUUAGACGUCAUUUCACCCCGAUGACACCAGGGAUGAGGAGAUGAUGAUUCUAGAAGUCUAGAAGUAGAUUUCCUCCUCUGGAAGGACACAAUCUACUGCUUAGAUGGUUAACCUAUGUGUCUGGAGACAACUUGUUAUUGCACGAUUGCAAGUGAAUCUGCGGGUUCUUGUGAGUUCUCACGAUCCCUGACCUUCGUAAUCCGAAAUUCACCUCACAAAUGGAUCCGGUAGGAAUUGGCAGAUGGUGAAAAUCGGGACCCUAUAUGUCCUGUUGAUGAAGUUAGGUGCUGUUCUGAGCAUUAUUUGUGGCGUUUUGGUUGAGGUUUGUUUAUGGCUCCUCAGACUGCUGUGUAUUGCUAUCCUGCGGUCGUUACUAAAGUUGGUAUAACUAGAGAAGCAAGCGGUCGGAAACAUUCAUCUUUGGAGGAGGUGUCUAAAUCAGUGUGUUUGACCUUAACUUAAAUUUACGCCAGAAUAUCCCUUUAAAAUCACUGAAUUUGCAAAAUUCCUCUAACAGCAUCCUCACAUUUAUUUCCAAAUUUUCAUGCAUUUAAAUCCAAGUGAUAAGUUUUACACCCAAACAUCUACUCUGACUAAAAGCAAAAUGAAUAAAAAGAGAAACUGAAACGCACACAGAGAGAAAAUGAUCAACAGCUAAAAUCUAAAAGGAUUAUUUCCGAGGUGUUAAAACUCGCAGGAUUGACUCCACCACAGAUCUACUCUGACUCAUCCACUAAGACAGCCUGUCCUGAGGUACAAAGCUAACAUGACCCGACAUGAGAUGGAUUGCAACAUUUAGAACCGCACUUCAACACAGGCUUUAAGAGACGACAUCUAACAUGACCUGCAUUUUCAUCUGAAGUCGAGCAGACGAGUUAACUGGAAGUCCCGGCUUCCUCUUUUGGACCUCUCAUUGGGUAACGCACUUUUACAGUAGUAGACUUUAAAAAAAAGAACCAAACAUGAACGCUGUGGUUUUCAGUCACAAGUUAUUCAAACAUAUGACCGAAAGGCAGGUAUGUGAAAGAGUUAAACCACGUUGAGGAAAGAGUUGAGCUCCUGUUUUAGAAUCACAUCCUCCCACGCUUCAGACAUUAUGUCCAAUUACAGCUCAUCGAGCGCAUGUGACCGCUGCUUCAAAACAGAGAAGAAUUAAAGAUUCUGUCAGAGGGAGGGGGAAACCUGAGUCCACAGCAAAACUGAAGACAUUCACGUAAACCAACUCCAAAUCCAAAAAAGGCGAUUAAAACAGAAUUAGGUGUUUUUUUAACCACAGACAGCAUAACAAAUGUCAUAACUUAACCUUUUUUCACAUUUUAUGAAAGAGAUACGCCCAUUUUGAAUUUGAUGACAGUAACUUGAUAUAAAAAGGAGGAACAGGGAAAAAAGACUGAAAAAGUCGAGUUAUUCUGAAAACAGCUGAUGUCACGAUGACUGAACGUGACUGUGGGAAAGCUAGAAAGAGCGUCCGAAAAGAUGAGGUGUGCUGUGUGAGCAAACAGUUCAACAACCUCUGAAGAAUGUUACUCGGCAAAAGAAUUUGGAGAUUUUAUCGUUGACUGUUCAAAAAAUAUAAAAAGAUUGAGAGAAUCAAGAAAUUUUUAGACAAACAGGUAGGGCUGCACGGUUUUGGCCAAAAAUAAGAUCCCAAUUUUUUUUUUGAAAAUUUAAUUUUAGAUUUUUUAUUCAGUAACAAUUUCACCAAACUUCACCGUAAAAAUGAAAAGUUUUUCUAUAAUUUCUCAAAAUGAAAACGAACAAUGACCACUGAAAAAUUUCAACUUUAUUUUUUGUAAAUCAUAGACAGUUUAUUCUCAGGAUCUGACAGUUUCUAUGAACGCUGAACAAGAUCUAUAUCCAGGAGCAACAUAUGCUGCCACCCAGUCAGGGCUCUUUCAUACUUCAGCAGACCACAUCUGCUUGUUUUACAACAACAUGGCUCAGUAGUAGAAGUAGUAGUGCUAAACCAGCCCUCCUGCAUCUGUUCACUCUCACUACUUCCUGUCAGCUGACAUGAAUGAAUCCUAAAGUUCAGCGGAGGACGCUGUGAUGGACGGUUGGCUGCUCUCAGCUGAUUAGAAAGUAAAAAGGGCUUUCUAUAAUCCAGAUUUUGGUGCUUUAUAUUUGUGAUAUCAGAGUUUAAGGCUGGCUGGUGAUGACCAUUUCCCGCCAUGAUUGCAACCAGCUGAGCUAUCUGAAGGGAAAGAGGUCAAAGGUCAUGUAUGAAAAGAUUUUAACUCUGGAUUUCUCUCCUGCCCUGAGUUUGACUUCACACUUUGACUGCUGUUAUCGUUUUGAUUUUCGGUCCCUGAUAACCUCCGAUGAAAUCUCUCCCAUCCCGCUGAAGUUUUCGAGGGAAUCUUAAUGGCCGUGUUUGAAUUACAGAAAUUGCGCAACAGUCGUUAUGCUGUAUUAUUCAGCUAAUGUGGCACUUAUCUCUAAUUGAAACUGAAAAUGUUAUGUAACGUGCCAGCAUGAGCUCCAAUCUGCAGCCUCGCCAUUCAGCCUCGUGCGGCAGCUUAGAGGGUCGAAACCAGCUGACGUCUCCAUGUUGGCGUCCAUUGAAAACAUUUUAUAAAACCUGCUGUUUCGUGUCUAAUUUGUGCAUCUGUUCCUAACAGCCAUCAGCCACUUCAGCAGGAUGAAAAUCAACAAGUGUAUUCUUAAAACAUGAGAUCCAUCAUAGAGCAGCGAGUCUGAAUGAUUCUCUCUAUUCGCUCUUGUCAUGCAGUUUAAACCACAACUUACAUUAAGAAUGAAUGAAAUCACUUAAAGUGACGGAGAAUGAGACCCUGAAGUUAGAAACCCACAGAGAAUGAAGACCCCUCAGAGGUUACCUCAGGUCAGCCGGGCUCUUAUGUUUCUUAAAUGACCAUUUUUGGGUAAUUUUGCCGUCAUGAGACUAAAACAGCUGAAGAGAAACAAAAGGACAGCAGCAAACGGAGGACUUCAGCCUCUGUUUAUGAAGCGCGCUCAAACCACCAGGCCGGCCGGGACCCCAACCAGACUUUUUAUAUCUGAUUUAAAGGGGCAGUGGGGAGUUUUUACAUGAGACCUCUGUGGUGGUGAAUUUUUCCACAUAAAAGAAUGUAUUAGAUUAGAGAACAGACCUUCUUUCUGAAUCUAUUUUUCAACAACAUCAAAACUUUACAAACUCAGAUUUAUGAACAUUAGUUAGCAGGUACUGAGCUCUAGGGAUUAACGAUAAAUUCACGUUCACGAUGUAUCGUCAGAAAAAUCCUCCAUGAUGAAUAUUUGCCAUCUCAUGAUAAAUACGAUAAAUGCAAGUUGAUGACGUGAGCGCGGGAGACGGACUCGCAGCCAUAACCUGCACAGAUCAGAAUAACAAACAAACAUGGCUGAAGGUGAUGAAGACGUUUCUGAGCAGCUGGUUUCUGAACGAGGAUCACAUGAGGGAUUUCCUUUAAGAUCGGGGUUUAGACGAGCAAAACCAGGUCUGACAGUGGAUCUGCUGAUGUUCACUCUGUGUAAUAAGAGUUUUUAACAAAAGUUAAAAAUGUUUUUACAUUUGAGACUUGUUUGAUGUCAUUAGUUUUCUCCGUAACCUACCAUUCAAACUUGUGGUUAAGUAUCUUAUUUGACGACUCUAACUGGUGUUCUCAAGGCAGAAUGGGUCAAAAAUAGAGAUAAGAAUUAUAAUAUUUUUUAUUGGGACUUUUAUCGCCAGAACAGCAAAUCGUAUCCUGAUAAAUUUUUUAGCCCUUAUCGCCCGUCCCUACUGAGCACAUUUUCCUGCAGCUUCACCAUCUUUGGUUGUAAAUGCUGCUGCAGCGCAGACUGACAAAGAUGCUGCUGCUGCUGCUGCUUGAGUAUAAAACAGUGCAUUACUCUGAAGCCAUUAUCCUCCACAGACAUCAGCAGCUCAUAAUAAAAACACUUAAUCCCUCCUGCAAGUCCCCUCUGGGACAUGACUGCAUCCUGCCCCUCUCUCUUUUUUUAUACUGGUCCACUCUAUCCAUCUUUUCCGACUGCUAUAAUGUUUUCAUGUGGUUAGAGGAGAGAGAGAGAGCGAGCAGAGCACUUUAAAUCAUCAGACUCCGAUCUCACCUUUCUCCCUCGCCUCUUUCUUUCUCCAUCAGGGUGAUCAAUGCGGGGAAGAGCAUGCUGAACGAGGACCAGGCCUCCUGUGAGAAGCUGUUUGUGAAGAAGCCCAGCGGCAAGCACAAAAAUUCCACUCUGCAGGAGGACAGCGGGGUGAGAGAGGGGGGCCAGACAUCAUAACAGGAGGCUCUGAACCAGGGUUGACAUAUCAGGCCAAAGGCUCGAGGCUCUCAUUAACAAAAACACAAAAAACACCAUGAAGUCUGAGCAGAAAUUUAACUGUAUCUGUGCCCGCAUGGAGGUAAUCUGAGAGCGGCCCAUGUGUCCUCAGAUCACAUUUGGGUUUUAAUGGUUUCACCUUGUUAGCUUUGAUUCCUCUCCAGUCCUUGAGAGACCUCUGUGUUUUACAGACUAUCAUCAUUUAUCAUCUAAAUGUGCACAAAGUUUGUCAGGAGCUCAGCUCUUUGAAAUUUCCCAGAGUUACUGUUUUUGGAGUUACAUGUUUGAUUUCUUAACUGUUCUCGUCUCAAAAGUUAUUUUCCCUUUUCUAAAAGUUUUUAAUCAUCCUGAAAUCUUCUGAAUUUUUCCUGCCCUCCCGCACACCAGCUCAUCCAAACUUUAUACAAAAAUUCUACCUGGUACAAGUUCAUUGGAGGUGAUUUUUUUUUUGACUGUUGCCACUCACCCUGAACACAGCAAGAGUCUCAUCAUGAAAGACCAAAACAUUAGGAACAAAUCCCAGCUUCAAAAAAGUGUCAAAGUUUUUUGUCAGGUUUGUAUUUAAAUUAGAUUUUCCGGGGUAUGACAAGAGAGAGUAUGUAGUUCACAAAUUAUCCAAGUGUCCUCUUUAUGUCGAUAUAACCAUGACUGCAGACCCUUUAACCGCUCAUAAAGAUGGGCAAUGCACCUCCACCUCCUCCUCAUGUACAAACUGCACCUCCAACAGGUGCUAGCUUCUUGCGCAGAGUAACUUAUUUAACCAAAUAUCACCCAAAUAUAACUUUGCAUAAUAAGAAUUACCAAUAAUGACAAAAAACACAUUUUAUUUCAUGUGUGUUUAAGUUUUAAAGUUUGAUCCAUGUCCCAUCUGAUUACAUGGAGGAGGCAGAUGUAUGACCUGUACUAAACUGAGUCUGUAGAGGGAGCACUAAAUGUUUUGGCUUCACUUUUAGGGGUGCUACUGUGUCAUACAUCCUUUUAUGGACACGAUAAAAACGACCUGAAGGUUUUAUUUUUUAUUUGUUUAUUUCGAGCCCAAUGAGCUUCCACAAAGUGGUUGCUAAACUUCCUGGGGUCCAAAAACUUCACAGUCACAAUACAAUUACAUUUCAACAAUGAAUUAAUUAAUAAUAAAUACAAUUACAGAUUCAAUUUAUGAUUCUUCACAACAUUAAAACAUUAAAACCACUCCAAAAUCUUUGCUUUUAUAGUUCAUUCAUACAUAGAGUUUUGUUUUAAAGUCCCUUUAAAAUGAUACCUACUGUUAUUUACUGUGUGCUUCUAGGAACAUUGAUUCCACAUCUCCAAAGAUCUAAAUAACACUGUGUUCCUCAUACCAUUGGACUUGGAGAAUGGAACAAUUAAAUGACCAGAGCUAACCUGCCGAGUGACCACAGAGAAAGUUGGCCACCCUUUGAAUAUGGCAGUAUGUAUAUGGCAAAGAAUAUUUAUAUUUAUCUUGAUCUGCACCUUUAACCACCCUAAGGCGGUGUGCUUCUCAUUCAAAUUCAAGGUGAAACAUUCAGCAUCAUAAAGCAACUCCAGGCUGAUGGAGAGCGAACAGAAGAGUCAAUAAUGUGGACGAUGAAGCGGACUCACAGUCCAAGAUCUGACUAAGCACUGAGUUAUUCAGCUCUUUAAAGUCAAGAUUGUGCGUUUAUUGUGUCACAGUGAUUCAUUUCUUAACAUAAUGAAAUAUGCGUACGGACAAACCCACAAAUACACACACGUGCACAACAGGUUCGACUUGUUGCUGCGUUUCACAAGAACUAUGUGAGAGUCCGCAGAGCACAAGCCUGAGAUGUUUUUCUAGUCCUGAGAACACGUUUAUCUCUUAUUUGUUUUGCACCCACACAUACUCACACAAACACACAAACACUCACACACAUUCUCCAUUUGGUGUAAAUGAAUGACAUCAUCCGUGUUGCUCCCCUCCCCCUCACGUGUUUGGCAUCAGGGCGGUGAGUCUGUUCAUCUGUUAGAUGGUCUAUUAGGCCGGCUCUGCUCGUAAACAUGCCUGCAAACACAGAGAUGGUAACGCCUCAACAACACUUUUUUUUAAGGUCGAGUAAGGACAGAAAUCAUUAAAACUUUAUAUUAACAGAUUAAUUAUGACAUGUAGCCCCUUAGAGGUGAAGCUCAGGAUCAUUUUUAUCUUAUUCCAACUUUUCUGGGGUUUAUAUUGCGGAUUAAAAACGUACAAACGUGGGUUUAGUGAGUCCAUAAAUGGAGGAAUCAUAUCACUGGGCUUUAACCCUUUAAUACCUUUUGAAUCAUAUUUGAUACGUACUUUUAUGAUACUUCUAUUAAAUCAAUAUGAUCAGCAAACUACUAAAAAAACACCUGAAUACAGUCCGAUAAAUGCUAAAAAUGUCCUCUUGUAGUUUAUCAGUUUCCAAAAACAUCUAAUGUAUCAAACGAGAGAAAUAAAUAUAUUUGUUAAAUUUUAAGGACAUUUUGAUUUAUUUGGUUUUCAGUCGUAAGUGAAAUAAAUAUUUCAGCUCCAAAAAAAUUGAAUUUUCUGGCCAUAAUUUGUGGUUUCAGGCAUUAAAGGGCUACAAAUGUUAGCCAAAAUUGAGUCUUCUGCUUUAAAUUUGCUGGAAAUUGAUAAACCAGAACCACAAAAAUAAGCUUUUUUAAUUCUCUACUUCAUCUUUGACUUGUUUUACUGAUGUUUGUUUCUUCUUUUGACGAUUUUAGGACGGGACGGGGAUCCCUCUCCACUUCUGGGGCGUGUUCGACGGACACGCAGGCUCAGGAGCCGCCAUCAUGGCCUCCAAGCUUCUCCACCGCCUCAUCAGAGACCGUCUGGGGGAAAUCUGCCACCUGCUGGAGAACCCCAACAGCGCACCUCCCAUCUGCCUGGCGAAAAACGGCAGCCCGUACCAGGUGGAUACGAAGAAAGGGGCCUCGCAGGAACCCGAGGACCCGGAUGCCAUCAGCGACUCCACGGUCCGCUUUCACAUGGAGAAGGUGGUGAGCCUGGAGAGCCUGGUGAUGGGAGUCAUAGAGACCGCCUUCUCACAGAUGGUGAGCAGAUGAUGACCAACGAUCUGUGAGAAAACAACAGAGCAGGGUUUUGCAUAUUUCAUGCUGCACGAGGCUUUUUGAACAGAAUGAUCUCCAAACAACAACGAUGAUGAUGAAUAUUUUAACCUUUAAAGAAAACCUUUAAGAGAUUUAUUUGGCUUAAUAUAAGGAUAAAUGUGAUGAUAAGUGAGCAGGAAAAGGAACAUAAACACACUAAAACAGAGCUCUUAACAUGCUAUGGAUUUAGAAUUUGAAUAAACAUUUGUCUCCUAAUUUUAAUGUUCAUUUACGUGAAAUUAUCCUCCUUUAAAAUUGGAUUUUUGUACACAGUUUAAUGAUUUAAUGUUGCCUGAUAUGGAGGAUAUUUUUGUUAUAGUGUGCUCGAUUUAUUCAGUGAGCAUCAAACGAGGCUCAUAAAAGAGACAUCAGUCAAAUUGAAGAAAACAGACUGAAGCAAAAAUCACUUGGGCUGUGAUCUGCACUCUUGAGUUUGUUGAAUGGGAAGAAAUACAGGAAAAAAGGGAAAACAGGGAAGGAAGACCUUAUACAUAUACAGUAUAUACUAGUGUUAAAGACCCACUCUGAUGAAAAUCAUGUUUUUCUUGUUGUCUACGUGUUCAUUUUUCUGAUGCUACAGGACAUAUCAAGAGAAAAAUAAGUGUGAAACUGCAUUUUUUAGCAUGUCUACAUUCAAAUCGCUGCAAAUCUCAGGCAGACCCAAACAGCAGGUUCAGACAGAGAGAGAUUUCCUACAUCACAAAUCCAAGCUCCGCCCCCGGUGUGCAGGCCACACUCGGGGAAACAGAGAGGACGAUCUCGGAACAAGGAGUAAAAAUAAAAAAAAGAUCGGAGUGGGACUUUAAAGUUUUGGUUAGAACAUGGUUUUGACAAAAGCACCAACAUCUGGUCAAAGUUAAAUUAAAAAUAAAGUUUUAAUACCACUUUAACAGACCGCCAUUAGAUCAAAUUUUCAUUUCCAGUUUUAUGAAUUUUUAAUUUCCAAUCGUUUUUUCUUCAGCUGCAGGAGGAUCAUCUCUGACAUUUGGCUCUUUGCUGCAUGUCGUCCCCUCUCUCCUCUCUCCUCUCCAAUUUUCCUCGUUUACUUUAAAAAAGGAGAAAAAAGUUAUUAUUUUGUCCAAUCAUGUCAUGGAAAUUUCUAUUUAAGAUUCUUUAAAACACAUAUGAUAAGAUUAAACAUGAUAACCUAAAGUACAUGUCAUUAAUCAAUAUAUAAUAUAACUUCUAUCAGGUGUGCCUAACAGGGUUUUCCUUAAAGCUGCAGAUCUUUUCGUGUCAGACAAAUCUCAAUGACCUCUUGUUUUGUUUAAAUAUCUAACCAAACUGAAUCUGUUGAGCCUCCUGCAUCAAUUCAUCUCCAAGUGAUGCUCCUCUCUGAUGCAACCUCUCUGUACCAACAACCCGCAGUCUGCUUCAUGUCUUCUUCAAAGCCUCCUCAAUUAGCCCGACUGUUUUUGUCAUGAGUAUAAAUAUGUAUGAAGAAAAUAAUGAGCUCUUCUGUGCGAUGAGAGAGGCAAAGUGCGCUCUUAGAGCUCGGAGCUUCUGCAGCCUUUUGUUGUUUUUCUCACUUCUGUUUUUUUUUUAUUCGCUCUGUGUUUCAGGAUGACCUCAUUGAGAAGGAGAAAUCAUCGUACGCCAUCUCCGGUGGCUGUUGUGCCUUAGCUGCUAUUUGUUUAAUGGGGAAACUCUACGUGGCUAACGCUGGAGAUAGCAGGUAAGAGAAGUCAAAGACAAAGAUAGACGACAGGCUUGUAAUUUAUCUCUCCAGUGGGCUGUGUUUGGACUUUUCUACUCCAGGGAAAUUCACUCAGACGUAUGAGCCUCUAGUGCCCCCUGGGGUUGAGUUUGUGAAGUGCAGCAGCAUGAAACUUUCUAUUAACACUCUUGUUCAGCCUCCCACUAGGAGCUGUUUUUGAAGAAUAUUAGAGGAAAAUGUUCUUGUGUGCUAAUGAGUCAUAUCUCUGUUCUUUCUCUCCCCCUGCAGGGCCAUAAUCAUAAGAAAUAAUGAAAUUAUUCCCAUGACGAAUGAAUUCACACCAGAGUCAGAGAGGCAGCGGCUACAGUACCUGGUACUCUCCUGUUUUCUCUGCUACAUUAACCACACAGGAAAAAAGGGAGUUGAGGAUCUCUUUAGUGCACAGCCAACUGUAAAGGAAUAGAAAUAACACUAAAGUGCUGUAGAGAGGGUUGACUAAUGUUAAAGAAGGAUAUUGGAUAAUGAGUGGGCGACCUGAGGAAGCUCGUAGAAACAAACCGGCGCUGCUUCUUUUAGCAGCAGGUUGUAGAUGUGAGUCACACAGUGGGUGGAUGAUGUGUGCUGCUAAAACGAGGAGCUGUCAGUGUGCAGCAUGUGUUCUCUGCUGCAGGAUGUACAUGUGAUCUUAUAGCAUAUUGUUGCUGUCCGAUGAAAAACACGUAUCUCCACUUUUUUUUUUUCAAUUCAUGCACGGUCCAUAAUCUUCCCAAACAACCCGUAGCUCUAAGUUUCCAAAUGAACGAUGGAAAGACAUUUUAUAACAUCAUCUUUUCAACAAGUAUCUCCACUGGGUGUCUUGAGUGUCAACAAAGCUCGUAUCUCCCCCCCGGUCCUGAGUUGUUAUGACUUUACACUGUAACAGACUCAUUACAGUCCAGGGUAAUGCUACACUAAUGUCCUCACAUCGACUGAUGCCGACUUACAACUUUGUUCUAACCAUGACAGUGUUGCUGACCUGUACCUUAGAUUUCUUGUGCCAAAGUUCAUCCCCAGAGGUAAAGCUUUUAAUUUUGGGUCCUAAUUGUGUCUAAUUACAGUGUUUUGGGUUUAUUCUUUAAGUUAGUUUACGAAUAAAAUUGUUUUUUUAUGUUCUGAAAAAAAAAAAAAAACAAUUUGGAGAUACGUGUUUUUAUUGGACACCCAUGAUAUAUUAACUUCUGAGUCAGACUGAAGUAAAAGGUUUUGGUUUUGCAGCUUGUCCCACUUAUUCUGUGCGUCUCUCUCCAGGGCUUCCUGAGGCCGGAGCUCCUGGGAAACGAGUUCACUCACAUUGAGUUCCCUCGUAGGAUCCAGCACAGCGAGCUGGGCAAGAAGAUGCUGUACAGAGACCACACCAUGACUGGCUGGUAGAGGAGCAGCUCUUUUUAAUCACUUUUCUGACAGUUCUUCACACUUCGGUCUUUAUUUAGUAGCCUGUACUGUCUGGAAAUAAAGUUUUCCCAAACACCAGCCGCUCUUUUAGAGAAGCUGAGGCAGGAUUUUUAACCCUCAUUACAAACAACUGUAACACACCCACCUAUCAGUUCACCCUGAUUAACAGAAUGUGUAACUUUGAGCCUUAACUCUAACCUGUACAGAUAAUACAGAUACAUUUAGACUUCAGUUAUGUAUAAAAGUGUUAAUUUGACCUGUUUGCAGGUAGAUAGAGUGCCAUCGCCAUGGAAGCAACCAUUGAAACUAAGGUUUUUUUUUGCAUCAGCUGUAUGAGUAAAUCAAUGAAAUCAUCUUGAGAACAAUACUUGGUGUUAGUUUGUUUAAAUCAUGAGUCGACAGCUGAGUAAUGAACAAGAUAAUGUAGAGUUAGCCAGUGCUUAUGCAAAGUAGAUGUCCUUUAGGGUGAGACGAAACUCCAUGUAAGAGUAGAAAAACAUUUCAAAAAGUAGAAUUGUCAAAUUUUUAACAUUUCAUAAUGAAAAUUGAUGAUAAAUAAUCAGCUGUGAUUUAUUAAAGUGUGUGUGUCUUGUUUUGUCGUAGGGCUUAUAAAACAAUCGUGGAGGAUGACUUGAAGUUCCCCCUCAUUUAUGGAGAGGGUAAGAAGGUGAGAAACGAGACAAACACACUGGAGCAUGCACAAACACACGAUUUCGUACCACUGGUCUCAUUAGUUAUAUGUUUAGUUAGUCUUUUUAUGAAGAAUAAAACAAAAACACAAAGAUUAUAAAUGAAGUUCUGUUGAAAUGAGUCCUGCUGAAUAUUUCCAUUUCUCUCUGAGAUCAAAUUAUCCUCGUUUAAGUGGAUUAAUCCACUAUAACUGACAUUAGUUUGUGCUUUUGUGUGUGUUUGUUCUCACUGUGUUUGUGUGUGUGUGUGUUUGUGUGUGUGUGUGUGUAUUCAGGCUCGUGUCAUGGCCACGAUCGGAGUCACUCGGGGGUUGGGGGAUCAUGACCUGAAGGUUUACAACUCCAACAUCUACAUCAAGCCUUUCCUCUCCUGCGUCCCUGAGGUGUGUGUGUGUGUGUGUGUGUGUGUGUGUGUGUGUGUGUGUGUGUGUGUGUGUGUGUGUGUGUGUGUGUGUGUGUGUGUGUGUGUGUGUGUGUGUGUGUGUGUGUGUGUGUGUGUGUGUGAAGCAGCAUCAGCCUUUAGGGUAGAUCUGAUCUGCUGUUAGACCCCGGGCGUCUCUUUGUUCGCUGUCAGAGGAAGAGUCAGAGCUGCUAAAGGAAACAUAACAACAGAGCAGCAGUAAAGGGGGUGGAUCUAAACUCCUGUGUAUUUCCUCAAAACUCUACAUCUGUUUUUGAAUAAAUUUGUCUUUAAAAAUGAUUCUGUGAUCAGUCCAAAACACAAAACUAAAAUAACUGUGUGUUUUGUCAAAAGUCACUUUGUUCCUGUCUGCCACUGUGAACUAUCAGGCUUUAUCAGACAGGCUCAAACAUGGAUGUAAAUAAGUGAAUUAUGAAUGAAUGAGUGAAUAGCUUUUUAAGUUGACUGAGCACUUUUCUGCUCAGAGGAUCCGUCACUUUUUCACCUUUUCUCACCAAGCUAAGUUCUUACAAACCCAAUAUAUGAUGCAUUAUUAUUACUUUUAUUAUUAUUAUUAUUAUUAUUGUUAUUAUUGUUAUUAUUGUUAUUAUUAUUGCUGUUUUACGGUAUCAAACUCUCUUUCUCUCUCAUCAGACUUUGUUUUUCUUUCCCCUCCAUCUUUAAAUGAGUAUUAUCAGGUCUUAGCUGCUAAACCAACAACAUCACACUUGUUGAGUCACUUUCACUAAGAUGCUUAAACAUAUGUGACAUAACAUGAGCAGCUUUAGUUACAGAAGAAGGUUACGGCUGCUGCUUACCAACAUGCACAUCAUGUCACACUGUAUCCAGAAAAUCAUGUCAUCAUUUAUGAUCAGAUCAUAAAAGUGAUCAAUAAAUACCACAGAUAUACAUAGAAAAUGAGAUAGUAGCAUCCCGCUAAGUGACAGCCAUAUUGACGGGGGCAACGGUCCUGUUAAAGGCAUUAGAUGAACAUGGAAAACAAAUCAUUUCUCAACUGAUUUUCAUGCUGUUAAUACAGAAUAUUUGAGUUUUGUUUUUAUCUAAUGAUCUGUAUUAUUGGCACAUGUUUUGGCGUUGACAGUACAGUAAACCCCAUUAAAACUGGUUGAGAAAUGAGCGAGAUAUGAUUUAUUUUCAUCGCACAUGAAUCGUCUGUAAAUGGAACGAUGCCCUUGCCAAGAUGGCUGCCAGCUCAAAGGGGGAUGUGGAAUCUACUCUUCAUAUCUAUGAGUAAUACUGUUAUUUUUCCUGCCAAAGGUGAAAGUGUACAACCUGGAUGAGAACAAACACGGCCCGGAUGAUGUCUUAGUCAUGGGCACAGAUGGAUUGUGGGAUGUGACGACAGACAGGGACGUGGCGGACGCUGUGACGGCGUACUUAUCGUGCUGUGACCCCGCUGAUCCAAUGAGGUACGGAGGUUGACAAAUCAUCUCUGGUCUCAGGUCUCUGGUGAAUGUGCUGUAGAAACAUUUCAAGAUGAGAGCUGCAGAUUUAACUAUUUACUGUAAUACCCAGUUUGUCCACUAGAUGGCCACAUAAUCAAAAGACUAGUUAAUGAUGGGCUGUUGUGCUCAAAGCCAAUCUAUGCAGCCCUAUUUUUAAAACUACAAGAAAUGAUAAAUAACACAUUAUUAUGAAGGUAUGAGGACUUAAUUCACUGCAGCAUUUCCUGCUCUUUUAUUUUAACUUUCCAUGAAGACAUUUUUCAUAAAGCUGCAGUUGCGUUGUGUCAUGAUAAGAGGUGAAUUUGCAGCAUUAAGCACUGCGACUAUAUCUCUAAUUUCCCCUCUCUCUUUUUUAUCUGACUUCAAAAUGAGCAGAGAUAAAUAUCGAAAAUCUAAAUAAUCAAACAAGAGGUUUAAAAUUGUUAUUCAACGAUCAGUCAAACAGGAUUACAGGCCUCUCCCCUGCCUGCUGAAAUGUCCCGUGGUUUGCGUUUGUGUGUUGGACCAACUGCAGAUUAGCUGUAAAGAUUUGCGCAGCACAAUAGCUGGAAUAAGCAGCUAACGACAAACAGGGAUUAUAUUAUUGCUCAGUAUUUUGCACAGGCUCAGCGUGGCCUCCGGUUGACCUCAGAUUAAGAUGGUGAAAUAGUGUUUUUAGUGCUUCAUGAAGAGGAAGAAUGGACUCAAACUCUUUACACAGUAGUUAUGAGUUAUGAUUAUGAACCUGUUGGUGUUUAAGAGUGAGGACGGCUGCAUAAGAGCAUCGACAGUUUAGUCAUGUGUUACUAAAACAGACGUGAAGUAAGAGUCAGACAGACUGGACCGACACUGUUUGAUGGGACUUUGGUGUUAAAGGGAUAUUCCGGCGUAAAAUGAUGUCAUGGUCAAACACACGGUAACACUGAGUUAGACCCCCCCUCCAGAGAUGAAUGUUGUCGACCGCUUGCUUCUCUAGUGAAACCAACUUUAGUAACGACCGCACGAUAGCAAUACACAGCGGUCUGAGGAGCCAUAAACAAACCUCAACCAAAACGCCACAAAUAAUGCUCAGAACAGCACCUAACUUCAUCAACAGGACAUAUAGGGUCACAGUCAUAGUACUAGACACCAAACAUCUUCUAUGACAAAUGUCCUCUAUGUGAUUUGUUAUCAGUUAUUUUGCAAGUCCACAUUUUUGGACAAACAUGGCUGUUUUCUAUGUUCGCACGCUGGUUUUAAUGCUACACAAAACAUUAAAUUUCAACUUCUAAAGUCAAACUUCAUUGUGAUAAAGUAGUCGGAUAAACUUAAAUAACCAGCACCUGCCGCAGGUCAACAAAGCCAGGCAGAUUUAUAAUCCUAUGAAUCAUAUUUUAGCAGCAAAGUAAUGACAUAAAAGAAUCAUGAUAAAACAAUGGAAAAACGCACAGAAAACAACGAGAGAGACUUUUAUGUUGCUCACAAACUCCCUCAAUCUUGAAUCUGGUCGAACCCUUUGUCCAAUCACAGUGGUCUUUUUUGACACUUUGUCCAUUUUGACACUUUAAAGACAGUUGAUUACAUCGUUACAUUUGAAGAACUGUUAAUUUGAGUAAUUCUGAUAAAACACGUGAACAAAGUCUUUUCUUUCUGUUGAUCCUUUUCUUAUCACACAAAUCAACCGUUCCCCUAACUGGGAAAAUCAAGUCAGACUAAAAUAUCCUCCUCUGAAACUUUUCUGACUAUGUGAAGUUCUUUUACGGGUCAUAGAGACACACUAAGUCUAUUUGAAACCAGUUAAAAUCUCCUUUAAGUCUUUUAUUUAGAUUCAGGUCUACUCUGUGAUUGUGCUUGUCUCAUCUAUAGUAAACCAGACCGGUUGUUUUGUGUUACACAGGUACACACUGGCAGCCCAGGACCUGCUGAUGAGGUCCCGAGGAGUCCUGAAGGAGCGCGGCUGGCGGCUACCCAAUGACAGGCUGGGCUCAGGCGACGACAUCACCGUGUUUGUCGUCCCUUUGUCGAGUUACGAGUCAGAGACAUGACGAGGUUCCUAAGAGGCUGAUUUGGAGCCUUGGAAAGAGGAGACAGAGGGAUGAGAAAAGGAGAAAACACCUCUGUCUGAGAAAAGACUCGAGUUUGAGCAGCAACCUUCAUCCACCUUCCAGACCGAUCCAGUCCCAGCCGCUUUACUUCAACCUUGUCAUGUAACUAGAGACUUUCAGUGACUUUAAAAAAAGUCACGCCCCUUUUUUUCCCACCCUGGACCUGCUGUUUGUGACGGUUGCCAGUGAGAAUUAAACCCUUACAGUAUUUUGAUUUUUCUGUUCAUGUUCAAGGCCGAACAGCUUCUCAAUCCUUCGACUGGAUUGUUCAUUUCCACUGUUCGAUUCGUAGGGCAUGUUUCAUCGUUCAUGCUCUAAAUGUUGCUCCCUUUUAUAGAAAAAGAAAAAAAAUCUGAUGAAGUGUCAGAGAGGGGAUGUGAGGAAACCAAAGAGAAGCUGUUCCGGCAGAAAGAUGGAAAUAUCUAAAAAAGAUAAACCAGAAAAUGAAACAACAAAAAAUCCACAAGAUUCAUGUCUGUACAUUAAAAAAGCAUGCGAAAUGUAAAAUCAGAGGAAUGGACCUUUUCAGUUUUUACUUUUUCCAAGAAGAAGCUCUGCCUAAUCAGGCCCUGCUGCGCUGUGAUUGGCUGGUAAUGCUGCGCUGUGAUUGGUCCAGAGGCCAACAGGAAGCUUCACUCGUCAACAGAGCUGUCAAUCAUCACAUUGAACCCCUUUAACCUCUUUUUUUAAUAACUAAUAAGAAACUUUAGAUCAGCAGAACAAUGCUGAGAAUAUUAAUUUAAUGCAUAUUUGGAUUUUAAAGGUUGAUUCAUGUCCCAUCUGUCGCCAUGGUGGAGGCGGGCUUUAGCUUCAAUACUGCAGCCAGUCACCAGGGGGAGCUCAUUUUCUUCACACUUUUCUGUAUAGUCUCUCAUCAGUGAGAAAACUUCGACUUUGAACAACAAGUUACAGGCAACACAAACCAGCCAAUCACAGCACAGGAUGGCGCUCAGUGACAAAGCUUUUAUUUGGAAGUAAAAACCUCGAACCCUGGACCCAGACAGAAUCAGUCGAAUCGGUUCUGCUGUAUUUCUCUACUUAACUAUGUUUGAAUGAAGACACCUUAGGCGCUGUUGCACAUUGUCGGUUGUAGAUUGUUGAUUUGUGACAUCUCUUUAUUGAAUGUAUUUGUAGACUGUUAAUUUUAUCUUUUUUUAAAUCAUUGAAACGAGAAAAGGAGAGUUUAGGCGCAGUCGGGCGGAGUAAUAAGAUCAAGAAAUUCUUACCUUGUUGUGCUGAGAGCCGACAGCGGGCCGCGUUUCUGAGCUUUUGUUUGAGGCGUCACUUUCACCAUUCAGAGUUUUUACGUUUUGCAGAUAAGUCAAAGGUAAUCAGCCUGCCUGGACUAACUCUCUCAAUCUCCUGCUCUUGAUCGUACAGGUCACAUCAGAUGGAUUUUAGUUUAUCCUGUGAAUGUUCUUACCUGUUUAAGUUUCAGCCAACAAGAUAAGUUGUAUCUUGUUUGUUCGAAAAGAAAAAAGAAAAAAAAAAACUCACCCUGGUUCGAAUUUUUGUGAAUUUUUGCACGAAUGAAAAUCCACGACAUCCGUUCUGGUGGUUUUUCCGGUGAAUCUGGACUCUCUUCUCUGCUCCAGUUUGUCGGUUCGCCGUUUGUUAUUUUUAAAAAUGAAGGAACAGGAUAAUUUUGUCAUUUAAAUGCAUGAUUUCUUUAUUUUUUCCCCUCAGAGGAGAGUCAUCUGAUGUCAGUAAACCUCUCGGUAUUGUAAGAUGUGAUAAAUUUCACACAUACGCCUUAUUAAGAGCUGAAAGGGACUCGAGUUUCUCCCCAGAUGCACGAAGUUUGAUCCUUUUACAGAUGGCUGCAAACAUUUAACGCCGUUUAAUGUACUGUAUACCUCUUUUGUACCAUUUUUGUUAUGUCAUGUUGUUAUUUAGAUUAUCCAUAUAUUUUUAAAGACAACUUUGGUUGUUAACAAUAUCAGAAGUUUAAUUUUUUAUGUUUCUAUCCAUUGCUGUUCGAGAUGGUGGUGUCGUAGUCUAUGAGCCUUUCAAAUGUGAGGUAGAAGGAUAAACUGUACAAGUUUAGAAAUAAAUCAAAUCUUUUCCCAGUUUGCUGUG